GCUAAGAUCAAUGUUGACUCUGGUCACGUGACUAGUUUUAAAUCAACGGCAUCUGACGUCACAAAUCGUAGUACUGUUCUUUUAAUCCUCAUACCAAAGCCUUGAACACAGAAAAAAUAGAAAGGGUUUGGCUUUCGCGUAUAUUGGAUUGCAGGCUACUCAGUCCAAGUGGACAUAUGAUUGUAGGAGGGACACUUAGCUGAAAAAUGUCAAUGCAUGGAAAUCAAGAAAAUCUAUCCCCUCAAGUAGUGAGACAAGUUUAUAAAGAGUUGAAAUCUUUAGCAACAGAACCAAUUGAAGGAAUUCAAGUCACUGCGAAUGAAGAGGAUGUGUCAGAAAUUCAAGCAAUUUUGGAUGGCCCACAGGGCACACCGUAUGCUGGGGGUAUUUUUAAAAUGAAACUCUGCCUAACUAAAGAAUUUCCUGCGAGUCCACCCAAGGGAUUUUUCACCACUAAAAUAUUCCACCCAAAUGUGAGCAGUUCUGGGGAAAUUUGUGUCAAUGUUUUGAAAAAGGAUUGGCAUUCGAAAAUGGGAAUAAGGAAUGUACUCCUGACUGUCAAAUGUCUUCUUAUUCAUCCAAAUCCUGAAUCUGCGUUAAACGAAGAAGCAGGAAGACUCUUAUUAGAACAUUACAAAGAUUACGCCUCUCGGGCCAAACUUAUGACUGAAAUUCAUGCUAUGCCAAAUGGAAAGUUGGCAAGUACAAGACCAGCAGAUGAUAGACCUUGUUCUAGUGAUCAUAGUUCCACUGGAGAAAGUGGUCCAGCAAACAAAAAACAAGCAACAGAAAAAAUUAUUUCAGAAAAAAAGCGAAAAGAGAAAAAACGUGGUUUAAAACGAUUGUGAUAGAAUUACACUUUAUAACAAUGAAUUAAAAAAAAUUACCUGUCAAGAAUGAGCGAAAUUGUGCCAUUCAAGGAGUCAAAUUUUACUUAGGAUCAUAAAUCAUGGGGUCAAAAGUGACAAAUGACAUCAAACAAAUUUUGCCUGGGCGGAGAUUAUGUCAUUGGGUGGUAAAUAAAAGUGUCUGAUCAAUUUUAUGAUGUAUUUAAACCUGUUUUAUUUUCUGAUCUAAGAUUUUUCGUCCAAUUAACAUGAUAUUUGUUCUAUAAUUUGCGGUUGACGGGAAAGAUACAAAUAUUAUUCACAUUUCGCUACUGUUAUAUAUAUAUACAAGUUUGGUGCUCAAUCAAACUUGUACAAAACUAAUAUUUGUUGGAGAGUCAUAAGGUCACAGGUUCUAGAACCAAAUGCAUUGUAAAAGAUUAGCAUUGAAACAUCAUUUAGGAAUUGAGCAAAGCUAUUUAUUCAAUUUGAAUUCUGGGUAAACAGACUCUUAAAAAAACAUUUAGUCGUCUAGUUGACAAACCUGCUAAUGUUUAUAAGAAUUUAAAUCCUAGUUUAUAUUUACUGCACAGAAAAUUGCCGGCAAUCAGCGACUUUGAUUUUCCCACAACUCAUGGUAUAACAAUCUUAAAGGGUUAAAAUCAAAUCAGUGAAAAUUCGAGAGAAUAUUGAUGACUUGUACAAGUUUCAAUAGUGGCAUAUUGUACUUGAGUUUGCUGUAUUUUAUGAAUAAUGAGCAAGCGAUCAUCAAACACUAACUUGCUUUCAAUUUCUAUAGCAGUGGCAAUUUCAUAAUAUUAACACUGCCCUAUAGAUUCGAUUGCUUGCAACGUCAACUUUUAUAGUAAAAUAUCAAAAAACCCAUCCCAAGUAUAGUAUAUGCUCAUGUAUUUACUAAAGCAAGUGUAAGAUGGUCUUUUCUCACAUUUCAGAAAUAGUUUUUUUGUUCAUGCAUGCAUCAAUAUACGUUGAUUUAUAUUUUAUGAUUGUUAACUUCAGGUCACAAAAGUUUAUAUGUGUUUGCACUACCAGCCUUCUGUAACACAAGAUUGGUAUACAAGAUCUAGCUUUUAUAGUAUUGUAGAGCUUGGUCGAAAAUAUCCAAAACUAAUUCGAUGGCAUAUCACGUAUACUUUUUUAUACAAUGAAAUCUCAAAAAUGUUUUCUUGUCAUUUUAUAGUUGGAGAAGAUGUAACUUUAAUCUCAUAACUCUUGAAAACAAAUCAGAGCAAUAUUUUCCCAACUAUAUAUAUUUGUACAAAUUUUUUAUGGAAAUAUGACUUAGAAAUCUCAAAUAAAAUCCUGACGUCAUAAUUUCAAAUCAUUUGGUCUUACUCAUCCCUGCUUGAUGUUGAAUAAAUUUUAUAUUAUAAGAUGUGUAUGGCUUACUGAGUAAUAUUAUGUUGGAUUAUUCCUCUUAUAUGACAGUGGCAAUAGUGUGUUCGAUUAUGUAAUCGUAACUCAAGAUAUGUCUACACGGUUUGUAAUGCUUGAAUUCUACAACUUCUAUUUUCCUGUCCUUGCAUUGCAUAUCUUUGUAUUCGAAUAAAAAAGUUUUUUCAUAUUUUUAAUAGAAUUUUGUUGAAUAUACAGUGCAUUUUCUGAUCAUGGUA